AAAUGCUUCACGGUUUGUAGCUUUAUAGGUUACUAAAAAAACUACUUUGCUGUAUCAUAAGUUUACGGCACAUGUGUAUUGCAGACUAAUCAGUUUUUUAUUUAAUGUUUGUUUUUUAACUGUUAUUUCUAUUUAAUUACAUUAUGAGUGAUAUAAAAGCCAAACUAUUACAAGAUAUUAAAGAACAAGGAGAUCUUGUUCGAAAACUAAAAUCUGAAAAGGCUGCUAACGAAAAGUCUAUGAAGAAUGAGUAAAUGGAGACCAAUGCCUGACUUUUAUCCUCUUUCAUAAAACCACGACGCUUGGUUGAAUCUAUCCUUCAAUGGCGAUACUCUCAUCUGUGUUAUUCAAAUGUCGACUACACGCCACAUUGCGAGUGUCCAAUGUAACUUCUCUUGGGUUGAAAACGUCUUUUUUACAUUUCUCUCCUCAGGUAUCAGAAGAAGUUUCAAAGCUUCUGGCGCUGAAAGCCAAACUAGCAGAAGAAGGAGAUGGUGACGAGUCAUCAAAGAAUUUUGUGCUGAAAACAGCAAAAGGAACACGUGACUAUGACCCGAAGGCAAUGGCGCUGCGAAACUCGGUACUUGACAAAAUUGUCAAAGUGUUCAAGAGACAUGGAGCCGAGACAAUCGACACGCCCGUAUUUGAGCUCAAGGAAGUUCUGACAGGAAAAUAUGGUGAAGACUCGAAACUCAUCUACGACUUGGCUGAUCAGGGUGGUGAGAUUUUAUCACUUCGGUACGACUUGACAGUUCCUUUCGCCAGGUAUGUGGCUAUGAACAAAAUAUCGUCAAUCAAGCGAUAUCAUAUUGCCAGAGUCUACAGGCGGGACAAUCCCUCCAUGCAGAAAGGCCGUUAUCGAGAAUUCUACCAAUGUGAUUUCGACAUAGCGGGCAGCUACGACCCAAUGUUGCCUGAUGCCGAGUGCUUACGCGUUGUCAGCGAAAUCCUGAGUGAUCUGAAGCUGAACUCUUACGUCAUCAAGGUCAACCACCGGCUGCUGCUUGAUGGCAUCUUCGAGACGUGCGGAGUGCCCGCUGAAAAAUUCCGAACUAUUUGUUCGGCUGUUGAUAAGCUCGAUAAGUCACCGUGGACAGAAGUGAAGCAGGAAAUGGUGGACGAGAAAGGCCUGCCAGCGGAGGUGGCCGACCGCAUAGGCGAGUACGUGCGCAUGAAUGGCGGCCUAGACCUGAUCGACAAGUUGGCUGGUGACGUCGGUCUGAUGACGUCACAGUCGGCCACUGCCGGUCUGGCUGCCAUGCGGCUGCUGCUCAAGUAUGUCGACCUCUACGGUAUCACCGAUCGCAUCUCCUUCGACUUGAGUCUCGCCAGGGGCCUCGACUAUUACACCGGCGUCAUUUAUGAGGCUGUACUCCAAGGUAGGUAGACAUACUUUGAAUUAACUUCUAAUGAGAUCUGGUUUCAGUUAUUAAAGUCCAAGAAACAAACCACUUCACAUCAUUCUAAUGAAAAUGAAA